AUGUCGUCGGACUCCUCGUCGUGGGCGCGCGCCCUGGUGCAUAUCUCGCCCUACACCUUCUCCGCCAUCGGCAUCGCCGUCUCCAUCGGCGUCUCCGUCCUCGGCGCGGCAUGGGGUAUCUUCAUCACGGGGAGCAGCCUCAUCGGGGCCGCCAUCAAGGCGCCCAGGAUCACAUCUAAGAACCUCAUCAGUGUCAUCUUCUGUGAGGCUGUUGCAAUUUAUGGUGUAAUUGUGGCAAUCAUCCUCCAGACAAAGCUUGAAAGUGUGCCAACAUCUCAAAUGUAUGCUCCGGAGUCUCUUCGAGCUGGCUAUGCAAUCUUCGCAUCUGGCCUUAUUGUUGGCUUUGCUAAUCUUGUUUGCGGGGUAUGCGUGGGGAUAAUUGGAAGCAGCUGUGCACUUUCUGAUGCUCAGAACUCAUCACUCUUUGUAAAGAUCUUGGUGAUUGAGAUCUUUGGCAGCGCUCUGGGACUGUUCGGAGUCAUUGUGGGCAUCAUUAUGUCUUCUCAAGCGACAUGGCCAGCAAAAGCUUGA